AUGGGGAUAUAUACCCCCUUCUGUCCACAGCGGACCAUAAUCCAAGAUCUACUCUUGACGUCCAACUCAACCAUACAACAAACACAACCGCACAGCAGCAAACCACCACCACCACAACCCAUCAUGUACAACUCCCCAAACGAACGCGGCCUCCGCCGUGACAACAACUCCUCCAUCAACCCCAACCUCCCAGCAACUCAAAUGCCCCCCACCUACGGGCAGUCCGCCGCCUCCGGCCCAGCCCCCACAACAGCCGGCCACCAUAAGCACGACUUCCUCAACAAGAUCGACCCAGCAGUCGACUCAACCAGGGAUAACCAACCCCUCCCCCCUCCCCCAUCCCAACACAACAACAACAUCCCCUCCGGCACCUAUGGCCCUCACAAAUCCAGACUAGCCAACGCCCUCGACCCCCGCGUCGAUUCUGACAUGGAUUCCUCCCGCAACCAGCACUUCAGCGGCGGCCCUGCUGGCGCUCCUCCGACCAUGCACGGCGCCACCGGACCCGGACCCCUCUCCUCCCACCCAAACAACAUCCCCGAAGGCACCUACGGCCCUCACUCCUCCCGCAUGGCGAACACCCUCGACCCCAGGGUUGACUCCGACAUGGAGAGGCAGAGGAGCAUGCCCGCUAAACAUGGCUACGGCGCCGUCGGGAAUCCCAUUCCGGAGGGGAGCUACGGGCCUCAUGGGACAAGGGCGGGAAACAUGAUGGAUCCGAGGGUGGAUUCUGAUCGGGAUGGUGGUCGUCAUCGUGGAAUGGGGGGUGUAGGCAAUAGCCACUUGCCGGGCCCGGCUCCAAACACCGCUGGCCCGCACAAGUCGGACUUGUUGAAUAAGCUAGACCCGAGGGUUGAUAGCAAGGGUGGGAUGACGUAUCAGGAGACGGAGAGGAGGGGUUUGUAA